GGGGCAUCUACUUCCGGUUGGCGGGAGGUUCUACUUCCGCUUAGCGCUGGCGGCGGGGGCAGUGGGUCCAUGGUCGAUGGGUGCUGCUGCUUCCUCGCAUGAAGGGGAGAAGCCGCCAUUUGGGUCUCGCUGGUUCAGAUGAUGUGGAGCAUGUGAAGCAAGCCAAGGAAACUGAGUUCCAGUAUGUGGUAUAUUAUGCAGAGCAUUCAGAGUAAAUAUUCUUUGUCAGAGCGUUUGAUCCGGACUAUAGCAGCCAUCCGAUCCUUCCCACACGACAAUGUUGAAGACCUUAUCAGGAGGGGUGCGGAUGUUAACUGUAUGCAUGGUACCCUGAAACCAUUACACUGCGCUUGCAUGGUUGCUGAUGCUGACUGUAUUGAGCUGUUGCUGGAAAAAGGAGCUGAGGUCAAUGCCCUUGAUGGGUACAACCGAACAGCCCUCCACUACGCUGCAGAGAAAGAUGAGACCUGUGUGGAGAUCCUCUUAGAAUAUGGAGCAAAUCCAAAUGCCCUGGAUGGCAACAAGGAUACACCUCUGCACUGGGCUGCCUUUAAGAACAAUGCUGAAUGUGUCCGAACACUCUUAGAAAGCGGUGCCUUUGUCAAUGCUCUGGAUUACAACAACGACACCCCUCUGAGCUGGGCAGCGAUGAAGGGGAACCUAGAGAGCGUGAGCAUCCUUCUGGAAUAUGGGGCUGAGGUCCGAGUGGUCAAUCUGAAAGGGCAGACACCAAUCUCGAGGCUGGUUGCCCUCCUGGUCAGAGGACUUGGCACUGAGAGGGAAGACUCCUGCUUUGACCUCCUCCACCAAGCUGUUGGACACUUUGAAUUGCGGAAGAAUGGGGCCAUGCCUCGUGAAGUCCUGAGGGAUCAGCAGCUGUGUGAAAAGCUGACCAUGCUAUGCUCUGCACCAGGCACAUUAAAGACGCUGUCACGCUAUGCAGUGCGCCACAGCAUGGGGGUGCAGUUCCUGCCAGAUGCAGUGAAGGAACUGCCUUUGCCCGAAUCUCUGAAAGAGUAUGUACUGCUUAAGUGACAGCUGAAAGCUUUGUAGGAUUCUUUUAAUAGUGCAAAUUGGUUGAUUUCUGUGCAGCUGCUUUCCUGGCACUUUGCACUAACUAGCAGUGAAAUGGAUAGAUUUUGCAGCUCUAUCUGUAACUUCACAGGCAACCAUGAAUCCUCCUUGCUCUGCCCUUGGCAAGUUUCCCUCAGCUUUUCCUUAUGGCAGAGUUAGUGCUGGAUUAUUUUCCCCCAAUGAAUGAAGUUGGAAGAUGUUUUCCCUGGCCCUUUGUAGCUGAGAGGCCUCAAAAAAGACCACUGCUGUUCAGCUUCAACAGCAGAUUUCCCCAGGAAUCCUAGAUCUAGUUUCUGUUCUUGAUAAUUUUCAAUGGAAAGAAAGGUAGAGUUCUCCCAGAGCUGCCUAAUGAAUUGGGAUGUGAUGGAGAACUACAGCUGAAUUUUGUUACAGCAAAGCAUUUUAAUUAUCUGAUCACCCUACUUAUAGCUUCACACUCUUUUACAUUAGCAGGCCUGCCUUGCCAUCCUGUUUGCUACCAGGGAUAAGCCUUUCUGGGGGUUGUAGUGGCUUGAUGGAUUUAAACAAAGGAAUCUGGCAAAGCUGAUCAGCACCUGUCUAGAUGAGACGACCCUUCUGUAUUGCACCAUCUUCUUCUCUCCCCUCUCUACUCACUCAGAAGUUCCAAACUAAGCAGGGCAGGAAAAAUUGUCUCGAGUCCUAGAUCAGGUUUUGGUGUUACUUCACUCUGUUCUGCAUGUGCUGCAGCAUAAAGGAGUGGGGUUCUAAGGUGAUGGUGGUUUUUACAUUGCUUCAGUCUAUUGAAGGUUGUUUGUGAGUUGGGCGGGGGAAAGAAGCACAAGUUCUUAAGCUGCUCUAGUUUCUCUUUGUGUAAUAAAAAAAGUACUCAAUAUAUGUAUGAGAGAACUGGCAGUCUAAAGUUGUACACCAUAUUCCCACCUUAUUUUGCUGCAUGUUUAGAUCCAAACCUUUAUUGGUGAGGAUACAGUUGUUUCAGCUGAUCUCUUGUAAAUUAGUCAAAGUUGCUAUUUGGAAACAAAGUAGGUUACAAAAUUUCUUCCUGCUGACCUUAAUCUCCUUGUUAAAAAGUCACUAUUGAGACAGCUCCCUGUGUGUGUAUUGACUCCAUAUGCUAUAUAGUGAUACAGAAGUGUACUCCUGUUUACACAGUGUGUUUGAUGGCUUUAAAGCUAAAGAAACACAUUCUUUAACUUGUGUGGGGUCAGAGUAGUACUGGGCUCUUUUCUUCAAGCUUAGCCUAUUCAACUGUUUCCUGAUCUGUCUUCACUCUAUUUCAAUUUCCUGAUAUUAUGCUGAUUUUUACAAAAUGUUUCAACAAUCAUGUACAUGUAUGUAGGGGUGGUGGUAUUUCCAUACUUAUAUACCAUCAAAAAAGUUGUAGUGUGCAUUGCUGCCACCAUCACCUUUAGAAUCAGGCACAGGUUCUUUAGUAUGAAGCAACAACUGUUUCCCUCACCCAUCCACCCACAACUAUAAUUGUAUCCUGCAUUUACUGCUAGGCUUCUAACAGAUACUGCUGUCUUCAGAGUCCCUAACUGUUGCUUCAGGUCUCUGUCCAAAUCAGUCUUAGACCUGAAUAGUUUGACAAAUUCCUAAUCCAGUGGUUCUUAAAUUCUUGGUAGCUGAUUCAGUCCAUCCCCCCUCCCCAAAUUAUCAACUCUUGUAGCUUAAUGGUUGUUGGGGAAAUUUCUGGGGUAUCUUCCUCUCCCUCAAGUACUGGCAGAGUACUGCUUCAGUACUAGCAGAGUGAUGCUGGGAGCAGGAUGGGAUAGAAAGGUUGGAUUCAGUGCUGUAAGAGGAAACCCUGAACAAGAGAUGCAUCCACUAACGUUGCCUGGAAAGUUAUGGCAAUGUGGGCAUAAUUAUCCCCCUCAAUCACUGAAGUGACCCAUGUUCCCAACCAGCCUUCCCCAGUUCCAGCACCCUCCAGAUGUGACGAAAUGAUGACUCCUAUCACCUUCAGCCAACUUGGCUUUUAGCUUUUCUAGCUGAGAUGAUCUAACACAUCUGAAGGAUACCAGGAUGGGGAAAUAUCUUCUAACCUAUGGCUCUGGUGUUCUGAGGUUUAUAAAUGUAAAGAGAACCAUAGCCUUUUAUGAAGAUACUUACUCCUGUGCACAGGCAACUUCCAUACCAUUGACUCAAACUUCAGAAUCCCAAAAUCUAUGUGAUUCCUAGAAGGACUGAUGUUCAAUGCACUCAUUCUCUCAUGCAAUCUCUUCUGUCCUAUAGAUUUGAGACCGUGUCUGUCCUAGCAAGUCCUUUGCGAGGAACAAAUCAUGUUGUAAGCUUUUGAGUACCUUUUCCCAAGAAUUUGGUUGCUGUGAGGAAGGUUAUUAAAUGAGCAAAUUAAUUAUGUGGUUUGUUGAUUAAAUGUGUUGUGUACUGGACAGGAUUUAUAUUGCUAUAUGUCUUUUCAUUGUGUUUUCAGAAUCUGUAAUAAUGGCUUCUCCAUGGUUAA